AUGAGAAAGGUCCGGGCAACGCUGGUCGUGCUCGCGGCGACGGCUGUGGGUCUCUUGACGCUCCAGACUCUCCUCAUGCAGCGAGUUGCUUUGGCGUCAAGGCUCGAGGCCAGGCCCAUCGCGACUUCAAGCGCAUCACACCUGCCGUUUAACGUCGGCAAAGUCCACGUCAUCACGCUGGCGGACGAUCCUACGCGCAGGGCGAUCUGCCCACUGGCGGCGUCCGUGUACAGCCAAGGCUUGGUGCUCGGCGUGCUCGGGUGGAACUACAGCGACCACUUUUUCGAUGGCACGUCGUGCGGCCAGCCGUGCCAAGCCAAUCGCGGCAAGGACAUUCGGAUCGGGCAGCAAAAGAAGCUGCAUUGGCUCCACCACUACUUUGAGCAUCACCCCAAUCUGCACGACGACGACCUCGUGCUCUUCACCGAUGCAUGGGACGUCAUUCAGACGCGCGGCCAUCGCGGCGUCAUCUUCAACGGCGAGCCGUCGUGCGGCGACUCGUUUGGGAUCGCAAACCCGUACGGCGACAAGCUCCGCAGCAAGCGCUGGCCGAUCCGCUUGGAGCGCAGCCAAAACGUGCGCUACGCGAGCGGCCACGAUAUGUGCUACGCGGUUGCCGCCAAGACCAUGACGUCUACGCCGACGGCCGGUCCGAAUUGGAGCCUCGGCUCUGGUGGUAUCCUCGGCGACGUGGCAAGCAUCCGCGCCUUCCUACGUGGCGUGCACCAGGUCCGGCGCGAGCAGGAAGACGAGUACAGCGCCAACCCGAGCGCGUCGUUUCUCUUUCAAGGCGACCAAAUCUUGUUUCAGCUCGCGUACGUCCGGUUCCCCGACGUAAACGCCCUCGUCGACACGCGCGCCGAGAUCUUCUUCGUUCUCUCGUACAACGUCGGCGACGACGACUUUGCACAUUUCUCUCUACGUCGCGGAUGCGCGCCAGAGUACCUCGCGGGCAACGUCGGGUCGGCGUUCACGUUCAACAACGUGACGCCAGUCUUCCUGCAUUUCCCCGGGAGCGCCAAGCGCCACCUCGACAAAUGCUUCCAGCACGUCGCCCGCGCCCGCGCCCAUCUGCACCCGCAGCAGUAUUUCGUCGACAUUGACGCCAACAGACACAUUUUUGUUCACGACCUCUGCGAUAACUACAGCUAA